AUGUCAGCUGACUCCGAGCAGGCCCCUUCUUCUGGGAUGCCUUCAAUCUUUAAGACACCGCUCCUUGAAGCUUACGGCCGUAAGAUAUUUCCAUUUCCGGGAAUCAAAGACCUCAUCGCCCACGUAGAGGCCACUCGAAACUUUCCCAUCAGAGACGACGAUGUGCUGGUAGCGGCGUAUACCAAAAGUGGAACUCACUGGCUAUGGGAGGUAACUCAAAUGUUGCUUCGGCAGACGACGGACUACGAGAAAAGAACCAAAGAACAAGUCAUGCUUGAGUCGCCUGGCGGGCUGGAAAGAGCUGAACAGGAACCGUCGCCUAGAAUUUUAAACUCCCAUUAUCUGCCACAAGAAAUUAUUUCCAAGAAGACAAAGGUAAGAGGUCACGAAUGA